CGUACAGAGAGUGAGAGAGAGGAUCUCUCGGGGGAGUGUACGAGAAAAAGAAAACAAACAGAGUAGCUUCGUCUAAGAGAAGUGGCGGUGAAGUUGAGACUCAAGAAAAACACUCUUAGUAUUUAUAUAUAUCGAGAAAGGGAGAGAAAGAAGAAGCAGCAAUAGACACUACUCUUAGGUAUUUAUUCUUAUCAUUACCGUUAUUAUCAUGAGCACUGAAAAGGAGAAAACAUCUGCACCUUCUUCUUCUUCUUCUUCUUCUUCUUCUUCACCUUCCGUCGAGCUCUGCAAGGGUGUCAAUGGCCUCGAGAAGAUUCUUCUCCGCGAAUCGCGUGGUUCCUCCACCGAGGUGUAUCUGUACGGUGGCCACGUGACUUCUUGGAAGAACGAUCACGGCGAGGAAUUGCUUUUUCUCAGUAAUAAGGCUAUAUUUAAGACUCCAAAGGCAAUUCGUGGUGGGAUUCCACUAUGCUUUCCACAAUUUGGAGGCCUUGGCACCCUUGACCAGCAUGGAUUUGCUAGAAAUCGAUUCUGGGCCAUUGAUGAUGACCCUCCUCCUUUUCCAACAAAUACUCUGAGCAAAGCCUUUGUUGAUUUGAUUCUUAAGCCCUCUGAAGAAGACACGAAGAUUUGGCCUCACAGUUUUGAAUUCCGUCUUAGGAUAGCUUUGGGACCUGGAGGAGAUCUGAUGCUGACAUCUCGGAUCAGGAACACAAACAGUGAGGGAAAGCCAUUUUCGUUCACCUUUGCAUAUCAUACGUAUUUCUCUGUAUCAGAUAUAAGUGAAGUUCGGGUUGAGGGAUUGGAGACCCUGGAUUAUCUCGAUAACUUGCAGAACAAGGAGCGCUUUACUGAACAGGGGGAUGCUUUAACUUUUGAAUCAGAAGUUGACAAGAUAUAUCUUAGCACUCCCACAAAGAUUGCAAUUAUUGAUCAUGAAAAAAAGAGAACAUUUGUUGUGCGUAAAGAUGGCCUUCCUGAUGCUGUGGUGUGGAAUCCUUGGGAUAAGAAAGCAAAGGCCCUGGCUGAUUUUGGCGAUGAUGAGUACAAGCAUAUGCUUUGUGUAGAGGCCGCUGCUAUUGAAAAGCCUAUCACUUUGAAACCUGGAGAAGAAUGGAAAGGAAGGUUAGAGCUUUCAGCUGUGCCCUCUAGUUAUUGCAGUGGACAACUUGAUCCCCAGAGAGUUCUUCUGGGAAGCUGAACGAUCAUUGUUGUGUUCUGUGUCCUGUACAGGUAGCCUGUUGCAACAUUUAUGGAUGUUGAAAGGAAAGUGUCUCAGUAAUUUUGCCCCUUCAUGUUUCAUUUAAGUCAGUGUUGGACGGAUGAACUCAUGUUGGAUAGAAUUUUAUUGAACUUUUGUUUUUUCCCUUGUAAUGUAUGACUAGUGUGAUCAUAACAAACUGAAGAAAGCAUAUUAAGCUGAAGAGGCCACACAGUUGUUGCCAUGGAAGAUCAAAAUUUACAGCCUACAAUUCAACAGAUUUUCACGUUGGGUUGAAUGGCCCAGACCCAGAGGGAUUCCUUUUGAAUUCAGUCUUUUUGGGUUCUUAAAUCCCUACAAAUUGUUUAUAUCUAAAUAUUGUAGGCCAAUAAACACAUCUUUGAAGAGUAUUUUAUAAUGCUAAAGGAAUUUACAACAGAAGAACGAUUGACAGGUCAUAUUAAAUAUUUCUGGGUUAUUGUUUACAUGA